UCCCAUUUGUAAUCUUUUCCUUUUCCCAACAAACGAUAGCGACGGAAGGAGAGAUACCAUCUACGAUGACUCAAGGCGGCGGCGGCGGCAUGGAGUUUAAUCUGCCGGAAGAGAUUCUGGCGGUGAUACCGACGGAUCCUUACGAGCAGUUGGAUCUGGCGCGUAAGAUAACGUCUAUGGCAAUCGCAUCUAGAGUGUCUAAUAUGGAAUCGGAGAUUGGGAGGAUGAGGGCAAAGGUUUACGAGAAAGACCGUAUUAUUUGCGAAUUGGAAGAGAAAGUAUCAAGGUUGCAGCAAGCGAAUCACGAUGCCGAUUCUCGAUUAAAGAUGGUUAUUGACGAAAAUAUGAAGCUUUCAAAUGAGCGUGAUUCAUUGGCAAUGACUACAAAGAAACUUAGCCGUGACUUAACUAAGUUGGAGACUUUCAAGCGGCAACUGAUGCAAUCCCUGAAUGAUGAUAAUUCCUCUCAGGCUGAAACAGUUGAUAUUGGGACCUGUGACCAGUCAGUCCCUAAAGCCUAUCCGGAUAACAACGAUGAUGGGGUGAAGAGCUACAUGUCACUUCGUUCCUCCAAUGGUUCGAUGGACUUGGGAAGCAGCACAACUGAUGAAGCUUCAAGAUAUGCUGGACAAAGAUUUUCAAUAACUCCAUAUAUCACACCACGGCUUACUCCUACCGGAACUCCUAAAAUUAUAUCCACAAAUGGGUCCCCUAGGGGCUAUUCUGCUGCCGGAUCUCCCCAGAGAACCUCUAGUGCAACCUCUCCUACAAAGUCUCAAUCUGAUGGGCGGACUUCAUUCUCCUCGUGGUACCCUUCAAGCCAGCAGUCAUCUGCAGCUAGCUCUCCUCCUCGUGGGCGUUCACUGCCAGGAAGGACUCCUCGAAUUGAUGGAAAGGAAUUCUUUCGUCAAGCCAGGAGCCGCCUUUCCUACGAACAGUUCAGUGCCUUUUUGGCUAACAUCAAAGAGCUGAAUGCUCAAAAGCAAACCCGAGCGGAAACUUUGAGGAAAGCGGAAGAGAUUUUUGGGACGGAUAACAAAGAUCUGUUUCUGUUAUUUCAAGGAUUGCUAAAUCGCAACAUUCACUAGAUCCCAAGUUAUCUCUUGGGAUAAUUUAUCAUCACUGGUAUAAUCUUGUUCUAGGCAUAUUCACAACGUUGGCUAUUUGUUAUCCUAGUGUUCAAUAUAAGGUUCAGUGCAAUACUCUUCUUGAGGUGCACCCUUAUAGCCUCGUUGUAACCUCAAUAUAUAUAUAGGACCUGGUAUCAGUUAAUAAAUCAUGUGGACCCGUUGUCUUCGA